AUGUCGCAACUCGGGUUGACCAACACAAUUGCGACUGCGACCGGCAUCUUGGGAUGUGCCUGGUGGGCUGGUGCAACGGCAUCAUUGUCCAUGUUCAGCGUCCCCGCCAUCCUCCCGAGCGCCGGCUCGGAACCAGCGCAUGCACUGAGGCAGUGGCAACACAUUUUUUUGAGCGGCGCGUCGACCGGUCCCAAAGUAGCGCUCGUCACCUUUCUGACGUUGGCCUACUCGGCGUAUGACCGCCGUAGCCAGGGCGUUGCGUGGAAGCCGUACGCCACCGCCGCCGCCCUGGGCCUCGCCAUCGUGCCGUUCACCCUCAUCUUCAUGUCGCCGACGAACAGCGCACUCAUGGCCGGUGCACAGGGUGUCAAGACGCUUGGAUCUUCCGAGACAACGGAGCUGCUGACGAGGUGGCGGGCGCUCAACUUCGUAAGGAGCCUCUUCUCCCUUGCCGGCGCCGGCGUUGGGCUUUGGUAUGCGGUUUCCCAAUGA